CUCAUUACCAGAGUUUGCUGCUAAACGAAAGAAUAUCUUUCGCGCCCCCUGCUGUCCUGAACCCAGCUACCCUACUACCAGUCGAGUCAGAAUCCACCCCAGUACACCAAUGCUCAGAAAUCCUUGCUGAAGAAGCUGGGACUCGACGGGACCUGAAGGACCAGCCAUUGCCCGGAGUGCCUGCCUGGUAUACAGACGGUAGCAGCUUCAUUGCGGAAGGUAAGAAGAAAGCAGGGGCCGCCAUCGUAGAUGGCAAACGGACGGUAUGGGCAAGCAGCCUGCCAGAAGGGACAUCAGCCCAGAAGGCCGAGCUAAUCGCCUUGACGCAGGCAUUACGCCUAGCCGAAGGAAAAAACAUCAAUAUCUACACGGACAGCAGGUAUGCUUUUGCCACUGCUCACAUUCAUGGGGCAAUAUAUAAACAGAGGGGACUGCUCACUUCUGCUGGAAAAGACAUUAAAAAUAAACAAGAAAUUCUGGCUCUGCUAGAGGCCAUUCACCUCCCUAAGCAGGUCGCCAUUAUCCACUGCCCUGGCCACCAGAGAGGAAAUAACCCUGUGGCGGCCGGGAACCGGAGGGCCGAUGAGGCUGCAAAACAAGCCGCCCUGUCGACCAGAGUGCUGGCAGAAACUACCAAACCUCAGGAGCCAAUCGAACCCGCCCAGACAAAGGCCAAGCUAGGAGAACUCACCCCUGACCAGGGAAAAGAAUUCAUUCAACGGCUACACCGGCUGACACACUUGGGACCAGCAAAACUUCUCCAAUUGAUAAACCGCACCAGCCUCCUCAUCCCAAACCUCUCGUCUGCAGUUCGCGAAGUCGCCAGUCAGUGUCAGGCUUGUGCCAUGACUAAUGCGGUCGCAACCUACCGAGAGACCGGAAAAAGACAACGAGGAGAUCGACCCGGCGUAUACUGGGAAGUAGACUUCACAGAGAUAAAGCCUGGUCGGUAUGGAAACAGGUAUCUGCUGGUAUUUAUAGAUACCUUCUCUGGAUGGGUAGAAGCUUUUCCUACCAAAACUGAAACGGCCCUGACUAUAUGUAAAAAGAUACUAGAAGAAAUCCUGCCCCGUUUCGGGAUCCCUAAGGUGAUCGGGUCAGAUAAUGGCCCAGCCUUUGUUGCUCAGGUAAGCCAGGGACUGGCCACACAACUGGGGAUAAAUUGGAAAUUACAUUGUGCGUAUAGGCCCCAGAGCUCAGGUCAAGUAGAGAGAAUGAAUAGAACCAUCAAAGAGACCUUAACUAAAUUGGCCUUAGAGACCGGUGGAAAAGACUGGGUGGCCCUCCUUCCCUUAGCGCUGUUCAGAGCCAGGAAUACCCCUGGCCAGUACGGUCUAACUCCCUAUGAAAUCCUCUACGGGGGACCCCCCCCCAUACUUGAGUUGGGAGAAACACUGGGUCCCGAUGAUAAUUUUCUCCCUGUCUUAUUUACUCACUUAAAGGCUCUAGAAGUUGUGAAGACCCAGAUUUGGGAUCAGAUCAAAGAGGCAUAUCAGCCCGGUACUAUAGCUGUCCCCCACCCGUUCCAGGUCGGAGACCGAGUGCUGGUCAGACGCCAUCGGCCCAACAGCCUUGAGCCUCGGUGGAAAGGCCCGUAUCUGGUAUUGCUGACCACCCCGACCGCAGUGAAAGUUGAUGGCAUCGCUGCCUGGGUCCAUGCUUCCCAUCUCAAGCCUGCACCACCCCCGGCACCAAACGAGACCUGGGAGCUGGAAAGGACUGAUCAUCCUCUUAAGCUGCGUAUUCGGCGGCGGAAAAAUGAGUCCACCGGGUAAGAACCCCCACCGGCCUGUGAUCCUCACCUGGAAGGUACUGUCCCAAACUGGAGAAGUUGUCUGGACCAAACAGGCUGCCCAGCCUCCUUGGACUUGGUGGCCCGAUCUUAAACCUGAUGUAUGUGCCCUGGCGGCGGGUAUUGAAACCUGGGAUAUCCCGGGAUCCAGUGUAUCGGCCUCCAAGGCCCAGAUCAGACCCCCUGACUCAGACUAUACGAAAGCUUAUAAUCAGAUCACCUGGGGGACCCCAGGGUGCAGCUAUCCCCGAGCUAGAAACAGGCUUGCCGAUUCCUCCUUCUACGUGUGCCCCCGGGAUGGCCGGACCCUUUCAGAAGCUAGAAGGUGCGGGGGGCUAGAAUCCCUAUAUUGCAAAGAAUGGAGUUGUGAAACCACGGGGACGGCCUAUUGGGGACCUAGUUCCUCCUGGGACCUCAUAACUGUAGAACGUAACGGUAGCAGUAAAAGCUGUGACAACUCCGGCUGGUGUAACCCCCUUAAAAUAAAAUUCACAGAGAAAGGAAAAAAUUCCAGAGAUUGGGCACAAGGAAGAACCUGGGGACUAAGGUUCUAUUUGACGGGAAACGAUCCAGGUGUACAGUUUACCAUUCGCCUAGAGAUCACCAAUAUGCCAACUGUGGCAGUGGGCCCCGACCCCGUCCUUGCAGAACAAGGACCUCCUAGCAAUAAGCUGUUCCCAAUGACUAGCAGGCAACCCCCCGCGGCACAAAUGAGCACUGUUACACAGAGCCUUCUAUCACCAGGCACUCUACCUCCCACCACGGGUGACAGGCUCUUUGGUCUUGUACAGGGGGCCUUCCUAGCUCUAAAUGCCACCAACCCAAACGCCACAGAACAUUGCUGGCUCUGUCUGGCCAUAAGCCCCCCCUACUAUGAAGGAUGGUUCAAUAGCUCCCCUUGGUUCACUACCCCACUAUCAACCAUCAUCGGGCCCCUAGUACUCCUUCUUCUGUUGCUCAUUCUGGGGCCCUGUGUCAUCAACAGGUUAGUCCAAUUCAUCAAUGAUAAGAUGAGUACAAUUAAGGUCCUGGUUCUUAGACAAAAAUAUCAGACUAUAGAUAAUGAAAAUAACUUUUAACUCCGCUCUAAGAUUAGAGCUAUCCACAAAAGAAAUGGGGGAAUGAAGGAAGUGUUUUUUCUUUUCAAGCUAGCCGCAGUAUAGGGAAAAUACAGCCAAAAAGUCAAGUUAAGAAACAAGGGGAACAGAGUCAAACAGGAUAUCUGUGGUUAUGCACCUGGGCCCCGGCCCGAGGCAAAGGGCGGAUAGUUCCCAGAAAUAGACAAGUCAGUUAAAGUUUCAAGAGUGCCCCUCAGCUGUUUCAAGGACUCCCAACAGUUUCCAGGGUGCCCCUCAGCUGCUUCAAGGACUCCCAACAGUUUCCAGGGUGCCCCUCAGCUGCUUCAAGGACUCCCACCAGUUUCCAGGGUGCCCCUCAGCUGUUUCAAGGACUCCCACUUGACCGAAGUUCACCCCUGGCUUGAUUCAAACUAACCAAUUACCUUGCUUCUCGCUUCUGUACCCGCGCUUUUUGCUAUAAAAGGAGCCCAGAAAUUCCACUCGGCGCGCCAGUCUUCUGAAAGACUGUGUCGCCCGGGUACCCGUGUGUUCAAAUAAACCUCUUGCUGUUUGCAUCCGUC